AUGGAUUUCAGAAAUUAUACCGUUUUGGUAGCACCAGACUUUGCAGUUGCAAGCUAUAUAUAUUUUGAAAACCCUAAAGCACUAGGAAUUUCCAUUUUAUUUGUAUAUUUUCUUAUUUUACUCGGCAGUGGUAUUAAUAUUUAUACAAUUGUAUCAGACAAACAGCUUUACACACCGAUGUACUUCUUCAUUUGCAAUUUAUCAGCUAUUGAUAUUUUUUACACCAGCAGUGCUGCUUUGACACUCCUUGCUGUAUUUUUAGUGGACAUUAAAACAAUAUCUUAUAAAGCAUGCUUGGUGCAGAUGUUCUUCUACCAUUCAGGUGAUUUGAUGGAAGCCGUAGCUAUUGGAAUUAUGGCCUACGACCGCUUAGUAGCAAUCUGCAAUCCUUUGCGGUACUGUGCUAUUAUUACAAAGAAUCAAAUAAUAAUGUUAAUUAUUUUUUCAUGGUUAUUUUCUGUAUCACUUACAUGUUACCUCGCAUUUACUGCUGAACGAUUAUCUGUCUGUAAACCAGUCUUGAAUGCUCCUUUCUGUGAUUUUCAGACAUUUGUAAGAGCUUCAUGCAUUAAUGCUAAUCCCGAGAUUGGAAAAGCAGCAAUCAUUGGCUUUGUGGUUGUAUUUUCAAGCUUUGCUUUUAUUAUAUUAUCUUAUAUAAUAAUCACUGUUGUAGUGAUAAAACUUUCCACAGAGAGCAGGAAACAGAUGUUCAGCACCUGCACAAGUCAUGUUAUUGUGAUUUUCUGUUAUUUUAUGCCGAAAAUUAUUGUUAACUUUGCAACAUCAUAUGGUGUGGUGAUGACAAUGUCAGAACGUUUUUCAGCACAUGUUGCAUCCACCUUUGGACCCUCCCUAGUUAAUCCUUUUGUGUAUUGCUUGAGAAGAGAAAACAUAAGAAAGAAACUUGUCAGCUUUUUUAAAAUAUAUAAAACAUCUCCUUAA